UAAGACAUAUUUAUAAAAUUGGCAAAUCAAAUUACUAUUUUGUAUAAAUAUUUUUUCUAAGAACAGUAAAUAAGUUUAUAUGUUAGUCAACAGAAACACAUAUAACCUUUUUUAUACGAGUAUGGUUUUCCUGGAAGACCGAAAUGUACCUCUUCUACGUAUUCGUUCCUCAAAUAUUUUAUAACAACAACUUUAUCAUGCGUUUACAAAAAUAUAAUUGUAGCCACCUUAAUCGACGGAAACCCACGUUCUAACGCGUAGAGGCUAUACUAAUUGUUUUUCUCCCACUAUAUUCAUUUGAAUAAUUAGCACGUUAUCCAGCUAUAGAAAAAUGCGAUAUAUGUGGAAACUUUUACUAUAUAACCUCACUCGUAGCGAUGCGAGUAAUCACCAAAAACAACAAUCUCAGCUAGAGAGACAAAAACAGUAAAUUCAAAGCUAGUCUCAAUAAAUAUGGCAAACGACAGCAACGUUGACUGGCAGUUCAGUGGUAGCGAGGCGGCCAAAGAAGCCUCAGCUGCCGCGCUAAGCGCUUACUCCUCUAAGCUCUUUGCUCUUUGCGAUCCUAAUGGAAAGCCCAUUUUGCCUCCUCGAGUUGAAACCGCUGAGACCAGCCAUACCGCUGAAAAGGCUGUUGUUCAUUCCGUCCUCUGCGGAUUAGGAAACGCCUACGCACCCAGUAUAGGCCUUCCAGCGGCCAAAAGUGCCGUAGCGGAGUACCUAAACCGAGAUCUUCCGAACAAACUGACAGCUAAUGACGUGUUUAUGACCGUUGGAUGCAAACAAGCCAUCGAGCUUGCGGUUGAUAUCCUGGCCAAACCAAAUGCCAACGUCUUGCUUCCCAAGCCAGGCUUCCCAUGGGACAUGGUCCGUACCAUCUACAAGAAACUUGAGGUCCGCAAAUACGACUUCGUCCCUGAAAAGGACUAUGAGAUUGACCUUGAUAGCGUCCGAGCGCAAGUGGAUGAGAACACGUUUGCGAUAUUUAUAAUCAACCCGCACAAUCCCAUUGGGAACAUCUACACUGAAGCUCAUCUCAAGGAGAUCGCUGAGUUGGCUCGGGAACUGAAGAUAAUGGUGGUUUCUGACGAAGUGUUUCGAUGGACUGUGUUUGGGAGUAAUCCCUUUGUCCCCAUGGCGAAAUUUUCGUCGAUUGUACCGGUGGUUACCCUCGGGUCCAUUUCCAAGGGAUGGACUGUCCCCGGAUGGCGUACUGGCUGGCUAGCGCUGCACGACCUAGAUGGUGUCUUUAGAACCACCAAGAUCUUCGAUGCUGCAAAACAAUUUCUUGAGAUAAAUUCUAAACCACCAACGGUGAUCCAGGCGGCUAUUCCCACCAUCUUGGACAAAACUCCUGAAGAUUUCUUCGUUAGGAGGCAGAAAUAUCUGAAAGAUAAAGCCGAUUAUGCAUAUUCUGUGGUCAAGGGCAUACCUUGCCUCACCUGCUACCAGAAAACUGAAGCAUGCACCUUCUUAUGGACCGAGCUGAACAUAUCAUGCUUCGUGGACAUUAAAGAUGCUGAAGACUUCUGUGAAAAGCUUGCUACUGAGGAAAACCUCGUCCUUUUACCAGGGGUUGCUUUUGGUGUGACCAACUGGGCGAGGCAUUCUAUCGACAUGGAUAGUGCAACUCUGCAGGAUGCAUUUGGAAGAUUGAAGAGCUUUUGUAAACGCCACUCCAUCACUAUUGGUGAAGCUUCACCCGAAGACGUCAACGGGGUCAACUAAAGGGUCAAUAUGCAACCUUUUUUCUAAUUUCUUUAAUAAUAAACGAGUGUUCUAUUGAUUGGAGAUAAGUCAUCAACACUUUCGUAUUUGUAACAAAUAAUUUGGUGCACUAAUCACCAAUCGUGUAAUCUUUUCUCAUUGUUUGCAAUAUUUGAUGUAUUUUACAUUAAAAAUAAAGUUAAUAAAUUUCAAUGUCUUUUAAUUUCUAAAUUAUUUGGACUCUGGUGUAAAAUUUAUAUUAUACUAGUACAUUGAUAUUAUUCUCUUAGUUAUUUCAAAGCACAUAGGUGAUAGGUAGUGUCAUAUAUAUAGCUCAAAAGCAUGUUGAAUCAGAUCGGACUGAAUAAUUAUUGUCAAUAGCACUUCCUACCCUGAACCAACCGGCCGGCGUAGAUAGAUUCAAGUAAGAUUCUAAGAACUUUUAGCUUAAGGUUGGAUAUCUAAUGUAUGCAUGUGAUCAGAGCCGGCCUUGGACCAAGCCCAGUGGCUUCCGACCGCUUCAUGACACAUAUUUUCAAAAGUUUCUCUAGGUCUAGUGGUAAAAUCUCAGGUUUACAAACUCUUCUGCCCCAGCCAGUGUUUGAUUCCCCAGUAAAGUGGCUAAUUUUUUUAAUUUUCUUUUGGUCUUAAAUUUUGUAGGACCGGCACUGCAUGUGAUACAAUAAUUUGUACUUUUUUUUCUUAUUUUCAAGUUUAUGCGUUUCCUUUAAAUUAGAUCACAAUUCAAUAAAUUUUUGAUUGCCAAACUUUUAUUCAGUUUACCUAUGUUUUUGCUGGAUGUUGUGUACUGAAAAAGAAUACUAGAGAAAUUACGGAAUGACCUGCUCUGAUAUGCAUUUGAUAAGUCGUUUACAAAUUUAAAAGCUACUACAUUGAACCAUUUACACUUUUAUUUUAAAAACUUAUUAGAUGAACGGGAUGAGGAAGCACAAAUAGUGAAAAGAAAAGAGAUGAACAAACUGGAAAAUGAAGAGUC